AUGAUCUUUCAGAUCGGCACGAACAACUGGCAGCGCCAGGGCGAAUUCGCGCCUGGCAGCGGCAUCCUCCAUGCCUCGUUUCACCAGACCAUGAAUGGCAUGGACGGAGUCAAGUGCUAUUCCAUCUACCCAAGCAAGGUGCAGACCAACCCGGAGGAUGACGAUACCUUCCGGGUGUUCAAGAUCUCGCACGACAUCCCCAUCUGCGAGUCGGUGAGCCCAAACUCAUCCUACAGAUGGCACUCGAUGGACGAGGCGCAGUACGAGGCGUAUCUGCAGCGCCUCGAGAACGAGAUCUGCGAGUUCAUGGACGAGGCGGAAGCCAAGCAGGGGAAAGAGUUCGAUUAUCUCAUCUCCCACCACGCCUUCACCAACGCUAUGACGGCAGCUCGCAUCGUCCAGAGGCGCCACAAGCAAGGCAAGACCAAGCUCGCGCACUUCAACUUCGUGCACGGAACCGCGCUGAAGAUGUACAUCAAGGAGAAAGAGGGAGACCCCGAGUACCCGAUGCGAUUCCUGUCUGUGGCGCGCAAAAGCGGUGUCUUUGACGGUAUCUCCGCCACACAGGGGGUGUGGGUGAACUCCGAGGACUACAUCGGCAAGUUCUUGGACUGCUUCCCGGAGUACCCCAAGCAGAAGUGCGUCUUCUCCCGGAUCGGCGUGAACCAGAACAUCUUCUGCCCCAGAAACACCCAGGUGGCGGUGGACCUCGCCAAGCACUUGCGCGAUGAGGACAAGGCCAAGGUGGCCAGCAUGAAGCGCCUCGUCACCUUCGUGGGCAAGUUCGCGGAUUGGAAGCGCCUGGAUGCUGUCCUGUACGCUGCCCAGGAAUACGAGGCCAAGUACCCGGACCUGGGUACGGCGGUGGUGGGCACCGGCCCCCCCGAGGCGAUCCAGCUGUACGAGGGCCUUGCCAAAAGUCUCGGCCUUCAGCGGACCGUUUUUUUGGGGCCAAAGAGCCAGGACGUGCUGGCGGAGCUCUUCUCCAUGUCGGAAGUGGGCAUGUUCCCUUCCUACAAGGAGCCGUUCGGCAUGGUCUUCAUCGAGUGCAUGGCCUGCGGCACGCCGACCAUCGGGGCGAACAGCGGGGGCCCCACGGAGUUCGUGAAGCCUGAGCAAGGGGUUCUUGUGGAGGAAGAGGCGGACUGGCGGUCUCAGGAGGGGGCGAAGAGGCUGGGAUCCAAGGUGGCGGGCCAGGUUUCAAAGGCUCUCCAGGAAGGGUGGAAAGCUGCCCGUGGAAAGUCCUGUGUGGACUUCGUCACCCAGAACUUCUCAACUCGAUCCCAGGUGCAGGGCAUGUUGGCGAACAUGCAGGAGUGGUCGACCAGUGCGGAGGUCUCCAAGUGCUUCAACAAGUCUGCCAUGGGUGCGAAGAUGCUACCCAAGAGCCAGAUUAUGCUCGUGCUCUCCAGGAUCCUGCCAGGCUGGACUCCGGAAGCGCGCUUGAUGGUGUUGGACGGAUCUGGGGCCUCGUCUGGGGAGGACGUCGACUUCCAAAAGCUAAUCGACUUCUUGAUGCGCCCGGCGUAA